AUGUGCCACUCACAUUCACACUGGCCUCCAUGUGCCACUCACAUUCACACUGGCCUCCAUGUGCCACUCACCAACCAUUGGUCUGACUCCGUCCCACCCCCCUUACCCCCCCACGCACCGCCCUACCCCCUCACGCACAACCCCACCCCCCUCCUCCCUCACGCACUGCCCCCCUCUCCCCUCACGCACAUCCGCCCUACCGGUUCCUCAAGCCAUCGCCUUGCGCCGCAGCCACCCUCCUCCAUUCAUCACUAUCUGCGCCCCCACCCCUCUCCGCCCAUCCGACCCCUCUCCGCCCAUCCCACCCCUCUCCGCCCAUCCCACCUCAACCUCACAUCCCGCCUGCUCCUUCUGCCCGUCCUCACGCCCUUCCAACCCCCAUUCUUCCCCCAAUUAUCCUCGCACACUUCCCUAGCGCCCUCCCCUUUUCCCCCUCCUUCUUUCCUCACCCUCUCGCGUCCUCCACCCCUCUCCCCCAACUCGCCCCCCUCUCGCUCCUUCCCCCUCCCCACUCUCUUUCCCCCUCGCCCUCACCGCAUAUUAUCAGAAGCUCGCUCCCCCAACACCCCUGCUGACGUCAGCAACCGUUUACCACCGCUCUGCACCGCAUCCGCCCCUAUCUUGACCCAGUGCCCGUCGCGUGAAGUGAGCGAGGCGUGCGUGCAGCUCAAACACCGAAUUUUGCGCGCGUCGAUCGCACUCGAGCUAGUUGGCGCUGCUCGACCUGUGCAUCCCGCGCGACUCGCUCAUGAUUCACGCGGUGCUGCGGCGACAGUAGCCAUGCCGUACAUCCGACAAGGCGAGGUGGUGGAGCGCCUGUCGCCAUGGCAGCUCGCCUUCUACGUCGACUUCUUCCGCCGCCUCUUCCGAAUCAUCAAGAUGUUCUUCUACACCCUCUUCUCGGUACACUCUCCUAAGCUUUCCUUUUCCCAGUUUGUCGCCAUGCUUUCCAUCACAGUCCGCCUCUUCUAUCGCUCUCUCGCCCUCGCAUUUCCCUCGCGUUCGCCAGUCCUCCUCUUUUCACUCCCUCUCGCCCGCCCUUGCUGGCCUCGCACUGGCUCGCUGCCAGCUGAUCACGAUAGAGUGCUUCUGCGGCGGGUGCCUGAGGUCGGUAAGGCACUCCGCCUGCUGCCGCUGAUACCAGCCCCACUCAACUCAUGUCAUGAGAUGGGAGGGUGGUGUCAGUGCAGCCACGUGCUCGUCUCAUGUGCCGCUGCUGCACGUGCAUGUGUGUGCGUGGAGCCACUCACACCACAUGUGUUGUGUGGUGAGGCCAUGGGCUUGAGCCGGCAGUCCCAGCUGGACGCGAGUGGCGGCGACGAGAAGGGGACGCGGCGGCGGUCGCCAAGGGGCGCGCGGUGGGAGGGGCAGGGGGAGCGGAAGCGGGAGGGGAGGUGGGAAGCGUCGCGGGGAAGGGAGGUGGUGGAGACACGUGGAGCUUCAGUGGGCGGAGAGGCGCGCAGGCGAGGGGAGGGCAGGCGAGGCACGGGUGGGCGACGCAGGUUGGCAGAUGGGCAAGGCAGUGAGGGGGGUGGUGGCAGUGACGUGAGCAGCGAUGGGCAUGCGGUCAUGCACGUGGGCGCGCGUGGCGGCAUGGCGGGCCCUGGGGUGUGGGCGGACGGAGUUAAACGGCACACGCGGCGGGCAGGAGACAGAUGUUGGAGCCAAUGGGAGAUGCGCAUGUAUGUCACGCGCCCUGACCGCCAGCUGCCGCCAUCGAUGGCGUUGAGGCGGCGUCUGUCGGAGUACCGUCGGAUGCACCGCCGCUGCACUCAGAUCCACGACUGGCACGCCUUCUACAGCAACCCGUGA